CUAUUAGUGGCAUUUAAAGUCCCCGAAUGUUUUCCAUAUUAGUUCAGCCCCGCGAUUCCCAAAUCCCAGAUCCCCCCGCGGGCAGCCAGCGGCCGGCCGAUCGCAGCCUCUCCGGGCGUCCGAAUGGGAAAACAAGGAGCGUCCCCUAAUACCCCAGCCGUGGCCCCGGGCGGGGAGCAGGGGGCAGAUCAGCCCCAGAAGAAAAACGCCAAGAAGAAGAAGAAGGAGGCCAAAGCCGGGCCGCAGGAGGAGUCGCACCGGUGCUGCGGUUGCCGCUUCCCUCUCCUGGUCGCCCUGCUCCAGCUGGCCCUCGGCGUGGCCAUCGCCGUGCUGGCUUUCAUCAUGGCCGCCAGCUGCUCCUCGCUGCCGGUCAGAGAUACCCCGCACUGGGCUGGCAUCAUUGUGAGCGCGGUGGCCGUCCUCGGGCUGUUCCUGCUCUGCCUCCCCUACCUCCCCGACGAGAAGACUUCCUGUCAGUUUGCCCUGAAGCUGAGCUACUUCCUCCUCAGCACCCUCAGCCUGGUGAUCUGUGUCAUGGCCGUGGCAUUCGCCGCCUACCACUACUCCCUCAUCACCCAGUACACGUGCGAGAUGGCGGCCGGCUCCUGCCAGUGCACGCUGGACCCCUCCGACCCGCUGAGCCGGACCUUCGCGUACCGGGACGUGGCGGACUGCGGCGUGGUCACCGGCACCGUCAAGGUCUUCGUCCUGCUGCAGAUGACUCUGAACCUCUUGCUGGCGCUCGUCUGCCUGGCCGCCUGCUUCGUCAUGUGGAGAGAUCGAUACCAGGUCUUCUACGCCGGAGCGUGGCUUCAGGGGCCGGCGGCCGACGAGACCCCGCAGCAAAAAGUAUAGCGGCUGCCGGCCCCGGACCCCGCGAGAAAAAUAGAGAAAAAUAA